CCUCCAGGAGUCCAGCGUAAGAACCAAGAUGGGUACCAGUCCAUAGCCAGCGAGGACCAUGGAGACUCCAGCAAAGGCAAGGACAAGACUCACAAAGCCGGGAAAGGAGUCUUUUCAGCCAUGAAGCUGGGAAAAGCGCGCCACCCCAAAGACGACCAUCACAGGAAACAAGAUGAACCUGCCAUCCUGGAAGCAGAAGACCUGGACCGCAAAGCCAUGCGGCUCGGAGGCGGCCUGGACCCAGACACCAUCUCCUUGGCCUCCGUCACAGCUGUCACCACCAAUGUCUCCAAUAAGAGGUCAAAGCCUGAUAUCAAAAUGGAGCCCAGCGCAGGAAGACCAAUGGAUUACCAGGUCAGCAUCACAGUCAUUGAGGCACGGCAGCUGGUGGGAUUAAACAUGGACCCUGUGGUGUGCGUGGAGGUGGGCGAUGAGAAGAAAUACACAUCUAUGAAGGAAUCGACCAACUGCCCCUACUAUAAUGAGUACUUUGUGUUUGACUUCCACGUUCCGCCAGAUGUCAUGUUCGACAAGAUCAUCAAAUUGUCGGUGAUUCACUCCAAGAACCUCCUGCGCAGCGGGACUUUGGUGGGCUCUUUCAAAAUGGAUGUCGGGACUGUUUACACUCAGCCAGAGCACCAGUUCCACCACAAGUGGGCAAUCUUGUCAGACCCAGAGGACAUCACGGCUGGGUUGAAGGGUUACGUGAAGGUGGACAUUGCAGUGGUGGGCAAAGGGGACAACAUCAAGACGCCGCACAAAGCCAACGAGACGGACGAGGAUGACAUUGAGGGGAACCUGCUUCUCCCGGACGGAGUCCCCCAAGAAAGGCAGUGGGCCCGCUUCUAUAUCAAGAUCUAUCGGGCGGAGGGUCUCCCACGCAUGAACACGAGCAUCAUGGCCAAUGUGAAGAAGGCACUCAUCGGGGAGAACAAAGACCUGGUGGAUCCCUAUGUCCAGGUCCUCUUUGCAGGACAGAAGGGGAAAACGUCUGUCCAGAAGAGCAGCUACGAACCCCUUUGGAAUGAACAGAUCGUCUUUACGGAGAUGUUCCCCCCACUGUGCAAGCGGAUCAAGGUCCAGAUCCGUGACUCUGACAAGGUCAACGAUGUGGCCAUUGGCACCCACUUCAUUGACCUCAGGAAGAUCGCCAAUGAAGGAGACAAAGGCUUCCUGCCCACAUUUGGCCCUGCCUGGGUGAACAUGUACGGAUCCACCCGCAACUACACCCUCAUGGACGAGCACCAGGACCUGAACGAGGGACUGGGCGAAGGGGUCUCCUUCCGGGCCCGGCUGCUCCUCGGCUUGGCAGUGGAGAUAUUGGACACCAGCAACCCUGAGCUCACCAGCUCCACGGAGGUUCAGGUGGAGCUGGCCACCCCUGUCUCUGAUAACUGCACUGGCAAGAUGGAGGAGUUCUUUCUCUUUGGGUCUUUGUUGGAGGCCACCAUGAUCGACCGGAAGAACGGAGAUAAACCUAUCAACUUUGAGGUCACAAUAGGCAAUUAUGGCAAUGAGAUUGAUGGGAUGUCCAAGCCCACCAUCAGGAAGAAGAAGGAAGGUGGAGAUGGCAACGAGGAGGAAUCGGAGCUGCUGCAGAAUGAGAGCGAGGAGGAAGGCAGGGAUGAUGGAGAGUUUGUUUCGGUGUCCGCCACGCCACCCAUGAAGCCUCUGAUCACCGACAGGAACUAUUUCCACUUGCCGUAUUUUGACAAGAAGCCGUGCAUCUACAUCAAAAGUUGGUGGCAGGACCAGAGAAGGCGGCUUUACAAUUCCAACAUCAUGGACAAAAUUGCGGACAAGCUGGAAGAAGGCUUGAACGACGUUCAUGAAAUGAUCAAGACAGAGAAGCCCCAUCCCGAACGUCGCCUCCGAGGGGUCCUGGAGGAGCUGAGCAGCAGUUGCCUGCGCUUUGUGACCCUCACCAACAAAGACCAGAACCAUUCCUCCCGCACGCGGCUGGACCGGGAGAGGCUGAAAUCCUGCAUGCGGGAACUGGAGACCAUGGGCCAACAGGCCAAGACCAUGCGAUCCCAGGUGAAGAAAACCACCAUCCGGGACAAGCUGAAACAAUCCCAGAACUUCCUGCAAAAGCUGCGCUUUCUGGCGGAUGAGCCGCAACACAGUAUCCCAGACAUCUUCAUUUGGAUGAUGAGCAACAACAAGCGCAUUGCGUACGCCCGCAUCCCCUCUAAGGACAUCCUCUACUCCAUCGUAGAUGAGGAAACGGGCAAAGACUGCGGGAAAGUGAAAACCGUCUUCCUGAGAUUACCUGGGAAAAAAGGCUUUGGACCAGCCGGCUGGACAGUGCAGGCCAAAAUGGAGAUCUACCUAUGGCUGGGACUCAACAAGCAGCGGAAGGACUUCCUGGGCGGCCUGCCCUGCGGCUUCGAGGAGAAGAAGCUACUCAAGGGACAGGGCAUUGCAACUUUCCCACCCAUCUGCCUCCUCUACACCAAGAAACAAGUCUUCCAGCUCCGAGUCCACAUGUACCAGGCCAGGAGUCUCUUUGCUGCAGACAGCAGUGGUCUUUCUGACCCCUUUGCCCGGGUUUUCUUCAUCACGCAGAGCCAGUGCACUGAGGUCCUCAAUGAGACACUUUGCCCCACCUGGGACCAGCUGCUAGUCUUUGACAAUGUGGAGCUGUACGGAGAAGCCCAUGAGAUGAGGGACGACCCUCCCAUUAUCGUGAUUGAGAUCUAUGACCAGGACACAGUGGGCAAGGCGGACUUCAUGGGUCGAACCUUUGCAAAGCCCGUGGUGAAGAUGUCGGAUGAGGAGUACUGCCCACCCCGCUUUCCUCCCCAGCUGGAGUACUACCAGAUCUAUCGGGGCAACUCCACCGCCGGAGACCUGCUGGCUGCCUUUGAGCUGCUCCAGAUUGGCCCAGCUGGGAAGUCAGACCUGCCUCCCAUCGAUGGACCCACGGACCUGGAUCGGGGCCCCAUCCUGCCCGUGCCGCUUGGGAUCCGUCCCGUGUUAAGCAAAUACAGAGUGGAGAUCUUGUUCUGGGGAUUGAGGGACCUGAAGCGAGUGAACCUGGCCCAAGUGGACAGACCUCGAGUGGACAUUGAAUGUGCCGGAAGGGGAGUCCAGUCGUCCCUUAUCCAGAACUACAAGAAAAACCCCAAUUUCAGCACCUUGGUCAAAUGGUUUGAAGUGGAUCUGCCCGAGAACGAGCUUCUCCAUCCCCCCUUGAACAUCCGCGUGGUGGACUGCCGGGCCUUUGGGCGUUACACCUUGGUGGGGAGCCAUGCGGUCAACUCCUUGAGGAAAUUCAUCUACAGGCCUCCGGAUAAGAAGGCUCAACACUGGAGCGCAGCAGCUAAGCUCAUGAAUGCCUACGUGGCCCUGGCAAACGGAGGCCCCUACUCUUCUCCCGCAGGUGAAAUCGUGGUCAACAUGGAGCCAGAGGUUCCCAUCAAAAAGAUGGAGACCAUGGUGAAGCUGGAAGCGAACUCUGACGCAGUUGUGAAGGUGGAUGUGUCAGAAGAAGAGAAGGAGAAAAAGAAGAAGAAAAAGAAAGGAGGCAUAGAAGAAAUGGAGGAAGAGGAACCUGACGAGAGCAUGCUGGACUGGUGGUCCAAGUAUUUUGCUUCCAUUGAAACGAUGAAGGAGUUACUUUGGCAACAGGAGGCAGCUGCAGUGGAAGCGGAGGAGAAGGAAGAGAUGGAGCUGGCUGAUGGCGCCAAGGGCCAAGGGAAGACCAAGGAGAAAACCAAGGCAGCCAAGGAGGACAAGAAGAAGAAGCAACAACAGCAGCAGCAGCCUCCUGAAGCUCUUGAGAAGAAGAACAAGCAGAAGAUUGAUGAGCUGAAGGUCUUCCCCAAAGAGUUGGAGCUUGAGUUUGACAUCUUUGAGGACUGGCUACAUACCUUCAACCUUUUCCGUGGGAAGAUUGGCGACGACGAUGACAAUGCAGCGGACGAUGAUCGCAUCGUGGGCCGGUUCAAGGGCUCCUUGUGUGUCUACAAAGUUCCGCUCCCAGAUGACAUUACCAAAGAAGCCGGCUACGAUCCCAAUUUUGGCAUGUUCCAAGGAAUCCCCAGCAAUGACCCCAUCAACGUCUUGGUCCGGGUCUAUGUUGUGAGGGCGACCGAUUUGCAUCCCGCUGACAUUAAUGGAAAAGCCGAUCCCUAUGUCGUCAUUAAGCUGGGAAAGACGGACAUCAAGGAUAAAGAAAACUACAUCUCUAAGCAGCUGAACCCAGUUUUUGGAAAGUCCUUUGACAUUGAGGCCACGUUCCCCAUGGAAUCAAUGCUGACUGUGGCCAUCUACGACUGGGACCUGGUGGGCUCCGAUGAUUUGAUUGGCGAAACAAAGAUAGACCUGGAGAACCGAUACUACAGCAAGCACAGAGCGACCUGUGGCAUCGCCCAGACUUAUGCCAUCCAUGGUUACAAUAUCUGGCGAGACCCCCAGAAACCUACCCAGAUCCUCUCCAAGUUGUGUAAAGAAGGCAAAGUCGAUGGACCUCACUAUGGGCCCGGAGGGAGGGUGAAGGUGUGCAACCGGGUCUUCAUGGGCCCCACAGAAGUGGAGGAUGAAAACGGUCAGAAAAAGCAGACAGAUGAGCAUCUGGCUUUGACAGUACUGCACCACUGGGAUGAAAUCCCUCGCGUGGGCUGCAAACUCGUGCCUGAGCAUGUGGAAACACGGCCUUUGCUCAACCCGGACAAACCAGGAAUCGAGCAGGGACGGCUGGAAAUGUGGGUGGACAUGUUUCCCAUGGACAUGCCGGCUCCUGGCCCUGCCAUCGACAUCUCACCAAGGAAGCCAAAGAAAUACGAGCUUAGAGUGAUAGUGUGGAACACUGAUGAGGUAGUCCUGGAGGAUGAUGAUUACUUCACUGGCGAGAAAUCCAGUGACAUUUUUGUCCGGGGGUGGCUGAAGGGGCAGCAAGAAGACAAGCAGGACACGGACGUCCACUACCACUCGCUGACGGGCGAGGGCAACUUCAACUGGCGCUACAUCUUUCCUUUCGACUACCUUGCGGCUGAGGAGAAGAUUGUCAUCUCAAAGAAAGAGUCCAUGUUCUCCUGGGACGAGACCGAGUACAAGAUUCCGGCCCGACUCACGCUCCAGGUGUGGGAUGCCGACCACUUUUCCGCCGAUGACUUCCUCGGAGGCAUUGAGCUUGACCUGAACCGCUUCCCGCGGGGCGCCAAGACAGCCAAGCAGUGCUCCAUGGAGCUGGCAACUGGUGAGAUCGAGGUGCCCAUGGUCUCCAUCUUCAAGCAGAAGAGGGUGAAGGGCUGGUGGCCCUUCCUGGCACGAGACGAGAAUGAUGAGAUGGAGAUGACGGGCAAAGUGGAGGCCGAGCUUCACCUGCUGACCGCCGAGGAGGCCGAGAAAAGUCCGGCCGGGCUGGCUCGUAACGAGCCCGACCCAUUGGAGAAACCCAACCGCCCAGACACCAGCUUCAUCUGGUUCCUGAACCCUCUCAAGUCCAUCCGCUACUUUAUCUGGCACACCUACCGUUGGCUGCUUCUGAAAAUCCUUCUCCUGGUCCUCUUCCUUCUUAUGGUCGGCCUCUUCUUUUACUCCAUGCCUGGCUACCUGGUCAAGAAGCUGCUCGGGGCCUGAGUGAGCUUGGACUUUGGCCUGGGUCGUCCGGAUACUUCUUUUAUCUGGUUCCUGAACCCGCUCAAGUCUAUCAGAUACCUCAUUUGCACCCGAUACAAGUGGCUGAUCAUC